UUGUCUGCAGCCAGGUUCCUCCCUCUCCCGCUGACAUCUUGGCUCUGCUGCACAGUUGAAUAACAUAGCAAUCAAGCUAGCUAGCGCUGCACCAAGCUAGAGGUAAACAGAGCUUGACUUUGAGCUUAAUACGACAUUAAUAACUAUGUCGUAACACUUGUUCAGUUGACAAAGUCAGUGAGCACCGGCGUCAUGGCCGCUCUGUUGUUACAGCACCGUCUUGGUCUGUGCAGGAAACACAGCUCACGUUUACUGUGGUUACUGUCGAGGCGAAGCGCUCAUGCUUUAGCUAACAGGACGAUCUUCAGCGAUAGUGUAAAAAAUGUGCUGCUCAGAAAGAUGCUGCUUUCCCAGUCAGAGCGGACAGUGACGAGUCAGCCUCAGAAAGUCAUCCAGAGUCUUCUCCACAGACCAUUGAGUCCUGGCCUGUUGGGAAUUAGCAAAGAUUUAAUUAGGAGCAACCUACUGAGGAACCCUGUUGGUUUGAUAAAUCUAUUAGGGUCAACAAACUUCUUCAGUACGUCUCAAUCCAAACAAGAGAAAAAGAAAAGUGAUGGACCGAAGGGAAAAACUCCAGAGGAAAAUGAAGAGGAGAAGAAACGGCGUGAGCAAGAGGACCAGAUGUACAGGGAGCGCCUGAGAACGCUCUUCAUCAUCGCGCUCAUCAUGAGCCUGCUGAACUCUAUUAACACCAGCGGUGGUAACAUCUCCUGGAACGACUUUGUCAAUGAGAUGUUGGCCAAGGGGGAGGUGUCCCGUGUGCAAGUUGUUCCGGAGAGUGACAUCGUAGAAAUCUACCUUCACCCUGGCGCAGUAAUCUUUGGGAGGCCUAGGUUGGCACUCAUGUACAGAAUGCAGGUCGCCAACAUAGACAAAUUUGAGGAGAAGCUGCGAGCUGCUGAAGAAGAGCUGAGUAUUGAAGCUAAAGACAGGAUACCGGUGUCGUACAAACGUACUGGAUUCUUUGGAAAUGCAGUCUAUGCUCUGGGGAUGGCAGCUAUUGGCGUGGCUAUUCUCUGGUACAUCUUUCGACUCGCGGGCAUGGGUGGCAGAGAAGGUGGCUUCAGUGCUUUUAAUCAGCUGAAGAUGGCCAAGUUCACCAUUGUGGAUGGCAAGUCGGGUAAAGGUGUGAGUUUCAAAGAUGUAGCAGGGCUGCACGAGGCUAAAAUAGAAGUAAAGGAAUUCGUUGACUACCUCAAGAAUCCAGAACGAUACCUCCAGCUGGGAGCCAAGGUUCCCAAGGGUGCGUUGCUGCUUGGUCCUCCAGGCUGUGGGAAGACGCUGCUGGCUAAGGCUGUAGCCACUGAGGCCCAGGUGCCCUUUCUGGCUAUGGCUGGCUCUGAGUUUGUGGAGGUUAUUGGAGGCCUGGGUGCUGCGAGGGUCAGGAGUCUGUUCAAGGAGGCUCGUGCCCGAGCGCCCUGCAUAGUCUACAUCGACGAGAUCGACGCUGUAGGAAAGAAGCGCUCGACCAACAUGUCCGGUUUCUCCAACACUGAGGAGGAGCAGACCCUCAACCAGCUGCUGGUCGAGAUGGAUGGAAUGGGAACGACAGACCAUGUCAUCGUCCUCGCUUCCACCAACAGAGCAGAUAUCUUGGACAAUGCUCUCAUGAGACCAGGCAGACUGGACAGACAUAUCUUCAUAGACAUGCCGACACUGCAGGAGAGGAAGGAGAUCUACGAGCAGCAUCUGAAGAUCCUGAAGCUGACACAGCCAGCGAACUUCUACUCUCUGCGUCUGGCUGAGCUAACUCCAGGCUUCAGUGGUGCAGACAUUGCUAACAUUUGCAACGAAGCCGCUCUGCAUGCUGCCAGAGAGGGACACAAGUCCAUCCAUACCUUCAACUUUGAGUACGCAGUGGAGAGAGUAAUAGCAGGAAGCGUAAAGAAGAGUAAGAUCCUGUGUAAAGAGGAGCAGAGAGUGGUGGCCUUCCAUGAGUCAGGACAUGCGCUAGUGGGAUGGUUACUUGAGCACACAGAGGCAGUCAUGAAGGUGUCCAUUGCUCCACGGACCAAUGCAGCUCUGGGAUUUGCUCAGAUCUUGCCCCGUGACCAGUACCUGUUCACCAAGGAGCAGCUGUUUGAGCGGAUGUGUAUGGCUCUGGGAGGAAGAGCGGCAGAAGCUAUCACCUUUAACAAAGUUACAACAGGAGCUCAGGAUGAUUUGCGUAAGGUGACACGUGUGGCCUACUCUAUGGUGAAGCAGUACGGCAUGUGUGACAGCGUCGGACAGGUCUCGUUCCCAGAGACGGAGUCGCAAGGUGCCAUUGGACGUCGUCCUUUCAGCCAGGGCCUGCAGCAACAGAUGGACCUCGAGGCCAAGCUGUUGAUAGCCCGCGCUUACAGACAAACGGAGAAGCUGAUACAGGACAACAGAGACAAACUGACACUGUUGGCCAAUGCCCUGUUAGAGCGCGAGGUGGUGAACUACGAUGACAUCGAAGCUUUGCUCGGCCCGUCCCCUCACGGACCCAAGAAGAUGAUCACCCCUCAGAGCUGGGUGGAAGCUGAGAGGGACAAACAAGACACAGGAGAGGGCGAACCUCAACCACCUCCUCACAAACGCAGGGAAGACGACAUGGAUCCACAGCUAGUCUGAUCUUGAAGUGAAUGUAGCAAAAGUAUUUUCAAACUACUGCGUUUGUUGGGGGGGCAGCGGUUCAUCAGGGGCUGGGUGAGCUUAUUGAAACCUGGCACUGUUCCCUCACUUUGAAGCUUUAUAUGACUGAAGGUGAAAUCCUAGCUUCUCAGAACUCCAUGCAGACGUUUGUCCAAAAGAACAUUUGCACUUAUUUUCCAGUGUACGGAGCCAUUUAGAACAUCUGACGUAGGCUUUAAUGUGCAGCCAGUGCAGAAUGAUUAUUUUGGGAGGAAGUCCAUUACUUUUCUUAGUCGUGUGCCGCAGUUAAUUAUACCCUGGAAGCAAUAAAGACAAGUCUAUUUAAACAGGAUGCCUCUGACUCGCAUAAAGCGCAGAAGGAAAAAGCUUCUAAUCAGCAUUUUACUUUGUGUGUAAUCAACAAUUAAAUGUUUUGUCUUCGGAUUGCAUAACUCUGUGUUAAUACCUGAAACAGAUGUGGGAUCAUUUGAUGUAGACGCACUGUGGCACACACAGGUUCGGAUUCAAGUUGCACACUGAAGAAAAAGAUGUCUAAGGGAGAUUUUGAGUUGCCAAAUGCAACAAAAAUAUCUGGAUUUUUUGGUUCUACACAAACACAUUCAGGUCUGCAUCACUGUGUUUGUAUUCACAUGAGUAAAUUGCUGUGGAGUGUUUUCUUUGACCAGGCUGAAACAGACGUGUGGUAGAAAAUGGACAAAUUAAACUGCUCUCCAUCAACAGAGGAAACUUUUCUACGUUGUACAUUUUGAAAUAGGCCUUAAAGGUUGAAAUUCAAAAGACUCAUGUUGGUGAUUAGGCAGCAGAUAGAUUGAAUUAACAGAUGGAAAACCAUAAUACAGUAUCUGUCUGAGAGGCUCUGUGCUGGUUUGUGAAUAUGAAAAUCCAAAGGGUUGUGUUGUUAAAUAUUUAAAUAAAUAAAUACUUAAAUACUG